AUGGCCGCAACUACGCCCGCCGCGACGCCGACCAACGCCAUGCUGGAAGAGACUCGUCUGUCCUCCGACGAAAAGACUGAAGUAGGCUCCAACAUCAUCGAACCCUCCGCCGACUCCAGGGUCGAGCGUCGAGAUAGAUCCAUACAGGGCAUCGGCCCUAAUGCCAACAACGAGGAGCCUCAAUAUCCCGGUGCUGCCAAGCUCACCCUCAUCAUCUCAUCGCUCUGCCUCGCUAUCUUCCUCAUUGCCCUCAAUCAGACUAUCAUUGCCCCGGCGCUAGCUCUCCAGCCUAUAUACAGAACCAUCUAUAAGUACUUUAACAUUAAGUUCGCCUACCUUGCUGCUGUUUUAAUCUUUGAGAUUUAUAGCUUGGUCUUGACUAUUAUGCCCUCCUCCGUUGUUUUUAUUAUUGGGCGUGCCGUUGCCGGAAACGGCCUGAUCAAUAAGAUCAAGGCCGACAACGUUAGCAUUAACCCCAACCUCUUAAUCAAUAUCAGAUCUUCAGAGAUCAAGGAAGCUUUAGCCAAAUUAGGCCAUCUAGACGCUUUCGAUGCCGUCCUAGAGGCAUAUAUAAAGGGUCUCCGGGAUACGUACUACAUCUCUCUUGCUUACGCCGCAUAUACCUUUAUCGCUUGCCUCUUCUUCCAGUGGAAGUUAGUCAAGAAGGGUCCUGACGGCCAGGAGAGAAAGCCUGAGCCCGCUGUGCCUGUCUAG